UCGUAAACAAACAAGAGAAAGAAAGAGAAAAAGGAGACUGACAAACCCUUCAAAGUGGUAAAUUAAGAGAAAUUAAGGGAAGGAGAGAAGGAGACGGAACACGACAGAGAAGGAGAAGUGGAGGAGGUCGAGAAAAACACCCAAAAUUAACAACCACAAUGUCGGUACAGAUAGAAAAGCGGCGAUAUGACUGCGCCGCGCUUCCCAAGGGCUGGAAGAGGGAGGAGGUACUGAGGAAGACGGGAUUAACUUCGGGGAAAGUCGAUGUUUAUUACUACAGUCCAAAUGGAAAAAAGUUCAGAAGCAAGCCUCAGCUGGCCAGAUAUCUUGGAGACACAGUGGACUUGUCGUCAUUUGACUUUCGGACGGGAAAAGUCAACCCCAUGUUGGUAAGGAAGAAUAAAAAGCCAAGAGGAACUCUGUUUGACUACAGUCGUGGAAUGCGGAAUGAUGCAUCACUGGUACCACCCAUCCGCCAAACAGCUUCGAUAUUCAAGCAGCCUGUAACUGUAAUUAAAACACAGCCAUCAAGUAGAGUGAAGCUUGAUAUGAAACAUGGUAUACAGGAUAAGCCAAAACAGUUAUUCUGGGAAAAGAGGCUCCAGGGCCUCCAGGCCUUUGAUGCACAGACAGAAGUCCUCAGGAAUGUGGACCUGCCAGCUGCCCUUCAAGGCGUGGGGCCCAAUGUGGAGGAUCAGACUGUCUUGCAGAGUUUAGCAACUGCCUUGCAUUUACAUCCCGGUCCCAUCACAGGUCAGACAGAAGCAAAGCAGAGCCUUGAGAAAAAUCCGGGCGUCUUUGUUAACCCAAAUCAACCACUUGUUGCAGCAGUCACCAUCCAGGACGAAGACAUAGUCCAGCAAGAGGAAAGGGUAGACCAUGCAAGGCAGCAGUUGCAGGAGGCUCUGAAGGGACUAGAGCCGUGAAAAACAACAAGAAAAAGAAUGGGAUAUAAGGAGUAAUAUCUUGAAAAUAUAAUUGCAAACAUUACCUGUAACUACAUACAUAAAUACUAUAUAAGGUACUUUGUGUGUACGAAUAUGCAAAUUUUUGUUCUUUUUUAUUUUUAUUUUUUUUAUACAUGUGAGAGUUGAUGUCAUAAAAUGUUGAAGUUCAUCUGCUAAAUAGGAAGUAAAUGUUUAUUAAAUAAUUUAGUGCCAUGCAAAAUUAUUGGGAUAGGUAAUAACAGUGUAAGGUUUAUAAUAGAAUAAACCUUCCAAUAAACAUAAAAUGGGAUAAGAUUUUCUAUUUAAAAAGUUUUAACAAAAGAACUAGACCUGAUAAUCAUCAGUAAAGAAGAUAUGUUCAUUGAAUUGCAUUAUCCUUGGCCACAUGUUCUAUAUAUAUAUGUGUGUGUAUGUAAGAAAAUUAUUUUCUUUUAUCCAUUCGGGUUUGGUAAAGUAGAGUUCAAGAGUGGAAUGGAACUAGUGUAGAUCUAGGCAAGUAUUUUCUCUCAUUAGACAUUUUCUUUUCUGUUAAAAUCUGUCUGUGCUCCUACAAAACAAAAAAGUGAGAUAUAUUUAUAUAUUUAAGGUCUUCAUGAUUGGCCUAUUCAUUUGUAAAAUAGUUAAUAAAAAUAAUGUCUCUA